AUGAAUUCCAUAGAAUCAGGGUUAAUUGGAAGACCGAAACCCAGUAUUCCGAAGAUUUUCAUUUAG